AUGGCUCACGAUCUCAACUGUCUCACGAUCGCUGAGCUCGAAGUCCUCGCUACCGAGCGCAUGGACAAGCAGACACGGGAUUACUACAAUGAAGGUGCAGACGGCGGCUCCACUGUCCGAGAGAAUAUGUCGGCCUACAAGAAGUAUCGCCUUCGACCCAGAGUUCUGCGAAAUGUUUCGAAGGUUGACAGUUCCGUCGAGGUAUUAGGAGCGCGGAACAGUGUACCAUUCGGUGUUGCCCCAGCCGCUAUGCAGAAGCUUGCUCAUCCCGAUGGAGAGCUAGCGACAGCACGGGCUUGCAAGAGCAAAGGCAUCGUGAUGGGUCUCAGCUCAUUCUCGACGACAACACUGGAAGACGUCCGGACGGCGAGUGGGAAUAUACCCAAUAUUCUACAGCUGUAUCUCUUUGAGAAUCGACAACACAGUAGCAAGUUGAUACAGCGUGCGAAGCAAGCAGGAUACAAAGCAGUGGUGUUGACUGUGGAUACACCCUUGCUCGGCAGGAGGAAUCUCGAGAUCAGGAACCAGUUUCAUCUGCCAAGUCACCUCAAGAUCGCCAACUUCGCCGAUGAAGACGAUAUCUACGCCAGCACUUGGGCUGGACCACGCCCGAGCUCGGCAGCUUUCUAUGAGGGAGACCAUCGAGUGCUGCCAGCCGGACCAAUCACUUUUCACAGCCAUGGAGCCAACCCAACUCUGAGCUGGGAAGAGGCUAUUCCCUGGCUGAAGCAGGAAGCAUCGCCAAUGCAGGUCUGGUUGAAAGGCAUAGUCACAGGUGAAGAUGCCCAACUGGCAGUUGCUCACAACGUGGAUGGGAUCAUUGUCUCAAACCACGGAGGGCGGCAGCUGGAUGGCACACUCGCGACCUUGGAUGCGCUUCCUGAGAUCGUCGCAGCUGUUGAUCGUCGAAUUCCUGUUCACAUUGACGGUGGGAUACGUCACGGUGCCGACAUCUUCAAGGCGUUGGCCCUCGGCGCGGACUUUUGCUGGAUCGGUCGUCCUGUGCUGUGGGGCCUGGCGUACGAUGGACAAGCAGGCAUCGAGCUGUGUCUCCGUCUUCUGUCAGACGAGUUUCGACUAUGUAUGGGGCUGAUGGGCGUGACGAAGGUCUCUGAUAUUAGCAGAGAAUACUUGUGCAGGAUGAAAAGAGACGGACUUCUCAGUCGGCUGUAG